AUGGACGGCCCCGCCAGCAGGCUUCCAUCGACCUCCAUCGCCGCCGCCCCGAAUGCCGACAUCGCUUUAGCAAACGCCAUCAGGGCGCGCCGGAGCACGAGGGAUCUCUUCUCAAGCGCGCCCACCACGCCCAUCACACCCACCGCCCCCAACGCGUACGUGGACCCUCCACGGCCUGCGAAGGACGGCCACGAAUGGGUAUGGUUUCCCGCCGGUUACUGGGCGGAACGCCUGAUCACCGAGGCACCCCCGAAGGAGUUCUCGAAGGGGUUCAAGUGGAGGAAGCGGUCGGCGAAGAACAGCUCUGGUCAAGACGCUCUACUAGAAGAACGAUCACUGUCACCCAAGGCUCUGCUCGAACUUCAAUUGCAACAAUCGUCAAACAUGCCCGUGGCCAGCCCCUACCUCUCCGAAGAGAGCCACGUACAGUCUCUGCAACGCCCAUCCCUGAAGCAGCGAGAGAUUAGCAGCGAAAGUAGCACAUCGUUCCCGUUGAAUCGCAUACCAAAGCCACCGCUAGCUACCCCCUUCUUGACGGAGGAACAGCACGUUCAGUUCCUACAAAGACCGUCUCUGACACGCCGCGACACGAGCAGCGAAAGCUCAACCUCGUUCAUGCCGAGUCGUCUGUCCCAACCACCGCUAGCUAGCCCAUACUUGAGUGAACAGGCACAUGUGCAAUCACUACAGACUCCGGCAAUUCAGUUCGAGGAUACCAGCAGCAGCAGUGAAACAUCGUUUUUCAAGAUCAAGACACCGCUCACUAAACCGCUCACUCCCUCGCCCUUGGCGGCAGCUAACGACGAUUCGGGCUCUACCACUCCCAUCGCGAACUCGCCGACCCCGGUGGCCUCAGGCGUAUCAACGAUGGGUCCCCUGUCCCCAGCACUCAGCACCGAGACGAAGGUCAAAAGGCCGCAUUGGUUUUCCCCAUCAGAAUUGAGAUUGCACAAGCGCAAGAAGGCGCAAGUCAACGGCGAGGAGCACACGGAGGCCACAAUCAACGGCGUGCAAGAGCAGCUCGGCCAUGUGCAGACACCCGCGAGCAGGCCAUCCUCUAUCUUGCGAGAGGAGAGCAAGAAACUGCAGAAGAUGUGGUCGAUGAAGCUCUUUGGCAAGAGCACCUGGCACCGCAAGACCUCUGUCGUCUCCGACCCCAGUGCCACGACCAAUGUCCUCGACAUACUCAGGGGCAACACGCCAGACUCGUCUCCGCCCUCGGAUAAAGGGGGCUACUCCAUGGGAACGCCCAGUACGUGGUCUGCUCAAUACCCUGGUGGUGAAGCAACAAAAGUGGAAACGCCACGCCUGCGCGAGGGCGGAGCCAAACCCCCGCGCUCCUUCUUCUUCGAUGUAUCGGCGCCUGUAUGCCCGAAUAGGGGCGGCGGCAGCAGCAGCGGCAGCCCGAGCAGCGGUAACAAUAACAAGAACAAAAAACGACGCCGUCCACACACCACCUCGCCCGUACAGACCACCCACAGCUCCUCCUUUUCCUCCCCCUCCUCCUCCAACGAGAAAUCCGGGCCGAGAAGAACCCGUCACAACGACAACCACAACAAUCACAACAAGAAGAAGGACCACGACAACACCAACAGCACGACGAACCGCUCUUCGCGGCGGUCGUCCUCGACGCAGAGGCGCGACUCCUCGCAGCAGCAGCAGAACACGCAUCAGCAGCACAAGGCCAAGGAGUGGUGGGAGACGCCCGUGCCCAUGUGCGCGUACGCCGACAUGGCGCCCGGCGGCUUCCAGUUCGACAUGCCCGAGCACCUGCCCAGCAGCCCCAUGUGCCCGGCCAACAAGCGCCACCCGUCGGGCGGCACGGGCGUCUGCGUCUACCACGGCCGCCGCAAGCGGAGCAGCCUCGCGGACGGGGACGGGGACGGGGGGAUUCGCGAUCAUGGGUUGGAUGAUGUUUGGACGUAA